GCAUAGGGGGGGUGGCUCCCCCGCCGCCACCUUCAAACUUGUCAACAGUCAAGAGGAGAGGUGUGGCGCCCUGCCUCCAUACACUCUAUCUCCCCUACCUCGCGCCCACACGCCCACACGCCCUCUUGAUACCCGUGUUGUGUUGUCACCAGGUAAUAUAAGCCUCAGCUAUGAACAACGAAGACCCCACUCUUGAGCGUCACUUCAAAGGCCAUAAAAAUGUGGUUACAGCUCUUGAUUUUUGUCCCACGGGAAAAAAGUUGGUGUCUUCAUCACUUGACAGCACAGUCAUGAUCUGGAAUCUCCAGCAACAGAUUCGUGCAUAUAGGUUUAUAGGCCACACAGAUGCUGUUAAUGAUGUUUGCUUCUCCCCCACUGGAAACCUUAUGGCAUCAGCCUCCCGUGAUCGCUCAGUCAGACUCUGGAUUCCUAACAUUCGAGGUGAUUCAACAGAAUUUCGUGCCCACAAUGCAACUGUCCGUUCGGUGCAAUUCUCACCAGAUGGGCAGCAGUUGGUGACAGGAUCCGAUGACAAAACAAUCAAACUUUGGACUGUACAUAGACAUAAAUUUGUUUGUUCCAUCUCCACACACACUAACUGGGUACGAUGUGUAAGAUUUUCUCCCGAUGGACGCAUGCUUGUGUCCUGUGCAGACGACAAAACCAUAAAGCUUCACGACAUUAACUCUGCGAGUACUCUACACUCCUUCCCAGAGUUGAGAAGCUCGUCAAAUUAUGUUGCAUUUCAUCCGUCAGGCACUUGUAUUGCAGCAGCUAAUACAGAUAAUUCUGUCAAGAUAUAUGAUAUUCGAACACGGAAAUUAUUGCAGCAUUAUGAUGCCCAUUCUGGCCCUGUUCACAGUAUUUCCUUCCACCCAUCCGGACACAUAUUAGAAACCUGCUCAGCAGAUGGCACUCUCAAGCUGCUGGAUUUGAUGGAGGGAAGGGUUAUAUACACACUUCAUGGUCACCAAGGAGCGGUCACGUGUUGUGGCUUUGCACGUGACGGCGAAUAUUUUGCCUCGGGUGGUAAAGACCAACAGGUGAUGGUCUGGAAAACUAAUUUCAAGCCAGUAGACUUGUGUGGAGGCCUGGAGGAGACGGAAGAGGCCGACCACCAAACGCCACACGAAGUGACUGUUGCAUUGUCACCAGAUGACUCUGAGGAUGAGGAGAGAAUUACCACAGUGCAGAGUCGGAGGGACCCUGAGACUUUUCAGGAUUCUGACACUGUAGGCAGUAAUAAGGCUUCAAAUGGAAGUGGAGAUGAGGAUAUAGCUACCAGUUUACAGCAAGUGAAGGGUUCUCUCCAGCACCUUAUAAUGCAACUCGACACCCUCACUCAAACUGUCCUGGUCUUGGAACAGAGACUGUCUCAUGCUGAGAACAAAAUAUCUGAGCUUGUUAACAAUCAGCACAAUCUUCGAUAAUUGUUUUAUCUGGCAUAUUGGAAAUUUUCUUUAAAGGUGCUUUUGUUUUGUAACUCUGAUUUGUUAAAAAAAAAAAAAUAAUAGGCAGUUACUAGUACUUGCUGAUCAGUGAAUUUGCAAGGAUAAUUUAUACAGAAAAUGAUACAGUAUAGAAGAAGGUAUUGCCUAGAGUAGGGUUACAAAUCACAUACACUGAAAGCUGUCUUGGUGAGAUACAAAAGUGAAUGCAGGUCUGGACUAUGCAUAAUGAACCAGCUAUGUGAGGACAAAGAUGUAGUAGACAUUGUGUUCUAGCAGUGAGGAAUCUCUUCCUUCAAAUAUUUUUCAAUGUAGAAUACAUAAAUUGAAGGACUUCUUUCUGAAAGCAGUUUGCUUUAUUUCUUAUAAGAUGAGAGAUGUAUUGAAAUUUUGUAAUACAAAAGGAUUUACAGGGUAUUAUUCAAUUUAAGAGAAUAGUGUGCCAACAAUUUUGAGAAACAAAGAUGAGAUCAAAGCUAUUUUGAAGAUAGUAUUGUCUGUAAGGGCUUUAUCAGAUGUUAGCAGCUAAUUGUGCAUGUCCAUGUUAGACUUCAUAAAACCCUUAACCUUAUUUUUGCUCCAAAUUCUGAAUAACAUCCUGGUGUCCCUCA